UGUCACUAUUCUCUUCUGUCUCUCUCUCUAUAUAUACAUACACUCACAAUCUUCCUUACCAUAAAUCACUUCACUCUACACAGAACACUUUCGCUCACAAACUUCUUUAUUAUAAACUCAACAAAUUAACCCAAAAGAAAUAAAAAAACUUUAUCAAAUAUACCCCCAAAAAGAUCAAGAAUCAUGCUUAAGAUGGAGAUUAACGGUAGCACUUCGUCUCCUACACCUACUGCCUCGGCCGUCGCCGUCGCCGCCGUGUCAGAAAUAACCACUCCCAUCACUUCUCCUUCUCCUACUUCUUCAUCUCCGCCGCCUCUUUCGCCUCAGCAGCCGCCACAACCGCCGGUAGUGCUAAGCCCUUGCGCGGCUUGCAAGAUUUUGCGACGGCGAUGUGCUGAGAAAUGCGUUUUGGCGCCGUACUUUCCUCCGACGGAUCCGGCGAAGUUCACAAUCGCCCACCGUGUCUUCGGAGCUAGCAACAUUAUUAAGUUCUUGCAGGAACUUCCGGAAUCUCAAAGAACAGAUGCAGUUAAUAGCAUGGUUUAUGAAGCAGGAGCUAGGAUGAGAGAUCCGGUUUACGGAUGUGCGGGUGCAAUUUACCAUUUGCAGAGGCAAGUGAGUGAGCUUCAAGCACAGCUUGCGAAAACUCAAGUUGAGCUAGUGAGUAUGCAACUCCAAAGAUCAGAUCUAUUAGAAUUGUUAUAUAAAAUGGAGCAAACAAAGUUAUCAGCACAAGAGCAAGGACAACAAAACAUGUCCUUUGAGAGUUCAUUUGAAAGUGGUGAUGAGUUCAUUAGUAGCCCCGAUGAAGUGAGCAAUGAUUGGGGAUUCCUUGAGGACAAUAACAACAACAAUAACAUGAACAAUAAUUCAUCAAUGUCGUGGUGGGAUCCUCUUUGGACAUGAUCAUAACUUAUGGUAUUAUUAGCUCACUUUAAAGCGCUUUAGUGGUUACUUCCAUAUGCAUAUUAAAGACCUAGGAUAUGUAUAUGCGGAGUUCUUUUUCCUUUAAAUUUCUCUAAGUCAACCAAUCAGAUGUAAGCACGUAACGAAACUGCUUCAAACUUGUCAAACAUGUUACGUGUUAGUAUUAUGUAGGGAUAUUAGAUAAACAGAGGUUUGUAUUAAGAUUCUAAGAAUCUUCUCCUAACGCUAAUGAGAAGGAGAUAAUUGAGAUGCAAUUUAAAUUUAAUGGCUAUACCGUUUUGUAUAA